CCAAAAUUUAUUUUUUUUAAGUCUUUUAAAAUUGAUUUCAAUACCGAUUAAUUAACCGCUCAUGAUAAAAUCUUUGUUUGCUAUGCCUGUAUAGUGGUUCUAAUUAACUUUCGAAUUCUGAAUGGUCAGGGAUUUUUUUUUCUAAUUUUUUGGUCGAAUGAAUAAUCAACUUUCUUAUUCUAUCAAAAUCAAAAAAGUUUUAAAAAAUAAAUGGCUGAAAAACAAGAUCCAUUUUCCAAGCAGAGAAAUGAUAGAAUCUCACAUGUGAAGGCAGUUAUGUAAUAAAAAAGGUUUAUCCCAUUAUUCCUGUAAACCACCAUUCAAACUAAGCCACAUGCACCCCUUGAACCCGACCCUUCACCUCACAAAAUUUCUUAUCAGAUUUCAUUUCCAGGCCUAGCAUCUGUUUCAACAGCUUCCAAGAAUGUAUAUCAUGGCAGUUUUCUCCAAUGGCUACUCCUUACACCCUUCAAAACCAGUCCCCAGCUCAUUCCAUCGACGACCUCUCGAGCAGCCGGGUUGCUUCAGUGUUCUUCCUUUCUUAGUUUUCUCUGAUAAUGCCAGAGCCAGACAGUUAUCAGCUUUACAAUUCUUUAGACAGUCAACUUUCAGGAUUAGGAGUUUUCGGCAUGAAGAUAGAGAAAAUAUUAGUGCUGCAGAACCUAAAGAUAAGCUAGAGCAAGGAGAUAGAGCUGCUGAUGAGGUACUUGUAAAUCAAAACAGUGGGACUGCUGGGAAAGGAAGUUCAUUUCUGCUAAAAUUAGGGGUAGCAUUAGGUGCAGCUGCAGCUCUUACUGCCAUAUCGUUUGGCCUCAAGGGAGCUAGUUUUGGAUCAUUGAUAGGAGUUCAACGGGUGGUUGAAGGUGCAUCCUCAUCGAUUAUGGAUUCCUCUGUUGGUUUCACUUUCAAAGCUUUUGGGUACAGGUUUAUACUUCCAGAAUAUGCACCAGGAUGGAUUUACUUUUGGUUGCUUAUGGCUGCUGGUUGUGGACUUUUCAUUAGUGAAGAGGCUUUAAAUAUCUGGGUUGGCAUAACUUUGGCACGGAUGCUGUCAUUGGAUGGAACAUGGCAUUCCUUUGUUGAAUCUCUCUCAAGAAAUGCUCCCUACAUGAUAUCCACGGUUCUCUGGGUAUACUGGGGAGUUUGCAUCAGUGAUAUGAUACCAUUUUACCUUGGUAGUCUGUUUAGACAAAGUGGAGCAUCUGAUGAUGUUUGUUCAAAGGUAGGGAUCAGUGAAGAGAAGUUGUUGCAUAUCACAUGUGUUGUUCAAAAAUAUGGCAAUCUCAUAGGCUUCAUAGAGCGAUUUUCCCUAGGAGUAAGAAAUCCCACAGCUUUCCUAGCAGGGUCCCUGGGAAUAUCUCCUGAAUUCUUCUUUGCUGGAGUUUGUUGCGGUGGCUUGGUCACUCUUCCAAUUCAGCUAGGAAUUGGAUUUUUGAUGAGGAAACGCCCUGUCUUUGCCCUUGCAACUGUUGCCACAGUAGUGGGAAUUUGGACUGUGUUUCCAUAUGUUGCGGCUGCUUCAACUGCAUUAUUUCUUUACCUACAGCGCCGCUACUCAGCCUAGCUCUGUCAAAUUGCUUAACCGUAGUUCUAUAAAUAGAGGAUAGAAGCUAUCAGAUUCAGAAAUGCAGAGGGCAUACGACUAAUUUUUGAUUGGAUGGUUGUUCCAACUUUUAGUUGAGUAUCCAUCCCCGUUCAACGUUUUCAAUUUAAAUACUUACUAAUUUUCCAUAUGGCGGGGACAGAAAAUAUAUAAAUUUCACACAAUGAGAAUUGCUGUAAAGAUAAUGGAACAUAACUGAGGGCUGCUGCCCUUUGCCUUGCAAGUUAUAUCCAUGAAACAUUGCAACAUGUGCUAUGUUUUAAAGAGAUUUAUUCGGACAAAAUUGUUUGUUGGUAUCCUGGUGCUUGCUAACAAAAUUUAUGUCCAUUUGUGAGUGCUUUGCGCUUAUUAGUUUAUCCCAACUUCCAGUGCAGAUUUCCAUUACUCAUAAGCCGGUUCAAACAUUCAGUGAAAAAUCACCCUCUGGUAACUUGCAUUAUAUCCUAUUGAAAUUGCAUUAUAUUCAGGGAAAGUAAAGAGCAGAUAGGGAUCAUGAUGACACUAUUGAGAUUGCAACUUCCUGGAGUGCCAAAAUAAGCAAUAAAGAUAAUAAGAUUAUUUGAAGCUAGUCCCCUUACUGAACCAUAAUGGAGACGGCAAUGAAUG